CCGUCUCGGUGAUGACCUCCCUAGUGCCUUCCACAGACCUGUGGCUCGAGCGCUCUCGUCUCGAUGGCAUGAUCAUUGGGGCGGUCUCAUAUGGUAUCUUCGUCAUUCUCUCGUACCAAGCGGGACGCCAGGUCCUGCGCAGACCGCGCUUUGGCGCGGUUCGCCCUCAAAACCGCAAGCGCAUAUUUGUGUACAUCGUCACCACCUUCGUCCUCGCUACCAUCGGCUUUGCGGGCAAUGUCAAGUACACCGAGAUGAUUUGGAUAGACCUCCGAGAUACCCCAGGCGGACCGUCGGCGCUCAUCAUAAAUGAGCUCCAGUACUGGGUGAAUCUCAUGGCGCUAGCGUGCUACUACGUAAUGGAAUGGUUCAUGGAGGCACUGCUGCUAUGGCGGUGCUUCAUCGUAUGGAACUACUCCAAGCCAAUCAUCGCAAUCAUGACGACUCUGUUCCUCACCAUGGUCGCCAUGUCCAUCUGGGUUCUCGCCCAAUCGAGCGGCGUCGUGUUCUACAACGCCAACGGCCAGCUCGCGUACCUCGUCAUCCAGGUCGGCAUCACCGUUAUCUACACCGUACUCGUCGCGGGCCGCAUCUUCGCUAUGCGCAAACGCGUCGCGACACUGCUCGGGUGGGAGUCGACGCGCUUGUACGACACGCUCGUGCUCAUGAUUGUCGAGAGCGCGGCACUGUACUCCGUCGUCGGCAUCAUCUUCAUCUUCUCGUUCGCGUUUCACUCCAAUGUAUCCAAUCUGGUCUUUUUGGACAUCAGCCACGUCCAGGGCAUCGCACAGCUGCUGAUCAUCAUUCGCGUCAUGGAGGGCCGCUCACUCGCGGAAGACUCUUGGGACGCCGGCAAGCGCGCGACGUCUCUGCAUUUCCGGAACACCGACGGCUUCGACCAGGCGCAAACUCUGCAAUUACCAGAACUCACACGUACGGAACAAAGCGGCGAGACAGACAAGUUGCCGUCGACGUCGACAUCACAUAUCCGGCCGGCUAGCGAGGUUAGCACGGGCUGUUCAAAAGUGCCAGCGUCUAGGCUAGUAGACCCUCACGGCGCCUAAAAGGCGAAUCCUUCGCCGUUGGAUGCACGAUCCAUGCACUGGCUUCGGAUGACAAUAAUAGAUAAGACUAUGAAUCACCCUUUGAGGCCGUUAUUGUUCUUAUGGACCUUGACUACUCACAAGGCAGCCGAUGCCACGCUGUUACUUAUCGAGUGAUACCUUAUUUAUGACCUGUAGCACUAAACCAUGCAUCACUGCCGCGUUGCCAGAUUACCCAAUGCUACUACGGAGGUCCUAGACGUACUCACCACUACGGCCCUAUACAUGAUUUCAUUAUGACCAUUACUCUCUUCGUGUGAGGCUGCAUCAAACGAGCCAUCCCUCAGCCCGAGCUUUAUCCAACGCCUUCUCAAACCCCCCAUCCUCCUGCUCGAGCACCUUCCACCCGUCCACAUCCUUCCUCCCGAGCUUACACAGCUUCUUCCCUCCCUCCCCCUCCUCCACACCCCUCCUCACAUACAAAUGCGGGAACGUCCCCUCCUCCGGCCGAUCCCCACACACAUGCGUCUCGGGGUGGUCCCACUGCACGCGUCCGUCCGGCCGCUGCGUCAGGGGCGCGUACGGGAGGCGGAGGACAUACACGCGCGCGUCGGACGCGAAGAACCGCUUGAGCGUGUUGGGCACCUGCGCGGCGGUGCUGAAGUGGAUGAAGCCCGAGCUCGUGUCCACCGCGCUGUCCGCGAGCACCCAGUCUGUGCUGUCGAGCUCGGACGCUGAUUCGGUGGGCAUCCCGGAUGGUGGGACGAGCUUGUAGAUAUGCGUUGGCUCGGCGAUCGGGGCCAUAAUAUUGACGAUGAUAGGUGGGAC